AUGGCGAGGGGGAAAGGCCGAUUUAUGUUUUCGAGGAGGGGAGGGGCGAGGGCGGGGAGAGAGGAGUCUCCGCUGCAGGCGGGCAUUUCCUGGCAACGCCCCGAACGGCAAAUGAUGCCGGCUUCCGGGGCGGGUCACAGAAUCUGUCCGUUAUCUAUCGGCGGGAAUCCGCUGGCCCGCCCGCCAAUGGCAGUUGCCCGCUCUGCCAUCGGGAGGAAUCGGGUGGCAACGGAAGUAUUAGGAAACUCGCAUUUGCCUGCGCGCCAAGAGAUCCUGCAGACUGACGGAUCACCUGAUUACUUCUCUCCUAUUGGCUUGGUUCCCCCCGCUGCACGGGAGACACGUUGCCUUCUCUCCCCAUGUUCCCCGGUGAGCCCCGACGUGGGGGAAAUGGGCGGCACUCACGGUGGUUCCCAUACUUUAAAGCGUUGUCACGGUCGGACACGGUUCACUGGGCGGUCUGAUCAUGCGACCACCAUGGGGAGUUCACCGUCACUUGCAAAUGUGGUAGCGCCGGGUUGCCGUUGCAUGUCAAAGUUUCCCGACCCAACAUGGAGUGGGACCCGGUUUUGCCUAUCAGUUGCCUCGCUAGUCCCUGCCGUGAUGCCCCGGACCAAUCAGCAGUUCACACUAACAAAGCAUCACGAUUCACACGCCGGCUCUUGCUCUCCCCACAUCCCGGAAUGCUAG